AUUUAUUUUUUUUAAAUAUAAUUUAUAAUAAAUAUUCAAAAUGUAUAGUGUCGCAAGUCGUAUGUUUGCAGUCAUCGUGUUAUUUUGUGUUAUCCAUGAAUCAUUGAGCCAAGGAUCAUGUCCAUUGGCUAGUAAAAUAACCCAAUGCAGCCCAAAAUGCAAAACUGAUACUGACUGCAGUUUAGGCUCAAUUUGCUGCAAUAAUUUGUGUAACACAAAAUCAUGUACUGUCCUUCGUGCGGGAAAUGACCAAGGAUACAAAGGAUCUUCAUCAUCUGGUGGCAGCGGUACAUACUGCGCUGGAGUAAAGUGCAACUCCUUCGAAAAAUGCGAAUUAGAUCGCCACACGAAAAGAGAAAAAUGUGUUAGAAGUUAAAUUAUUCUAAAUAAAAAUAUAUAUUGUUAUUUAACGCA